GGAUUCUUGCUGCUUAUGGGAAGUCCCUACACGUAUUUAUACAUGGCGAAUGUACACGUCGACUACUCGUUGAGUACAACAUAUCUUACUCCUAGGAGUAAUGUUCUACUAGUCUGUUUACAAAACAGAACAUAGCAGGAAAUACGUAACCUCCGAUAUUAUCUCAUUCGUGCAUUUUUGAGAAUAUAUAGCCCAACUAUUUCAGAGACGAUGGUAAAUUUAGAUGCUACGUUGUCCUCGUAGAGAAGAAACACUUGAAUCAGCUCUGAUCGCUCAACACAGAAUCGGGUAACCACAGCAAUUUGGUGCAAUUUGCUGCUGUUAUUGCGUCGAAUUGAAAUUCUUGCAGUCGUUGAGAUCACUCAUCUCUGAACAUUUGCUGACAUUGCAAUUGCUUGUGACUCAACAACCAUCAUCAAGUUAAAACAUUUUGUUUCAUUCGAAUUCGGACUUCACCUCGAUUUCUAGCUAGGUGACCGGUGGGCGGAAAAGGUCAGUCAUUAACCCGAUCUCAUCAUCGAUAUCGCUAUUGUUUGUUUGAAAGCCUAUUAUCGUCAUGAACAUGAACGGAGAACUACCCGAAUCAAUGGAUAUUGAUGAUGACCUUUUCAGUAGAAUUCACCACGAUUAUCAAAAUGGCCCCGACCUAGAAAUUCUUAACAGUAUUGAUUGGUCGGAUAUUCUCACCAGCCCAACUUCUGUCAACCGAUAUUCUAACAGCUCUAGUCCUUCCAACGGUUUGGCACAAUCAAUUGAACUGGGCGGUAUGGCUGAAGGGAGUCCCGAAAGAAGUUUCCAACAGAGCUCUGCUUUCGAGAGUCCCUACAAUGACCCUAUGUUUGGUGUUGGAUCACCCAUGCCACCUCAAGCCCAGGUCGUUACUGUUACCAGUUCUGAUGUUAUACAAUCAGAGAGGAUGGACAGUAAUUUAGCUGACAUUGAACCAAUGAGGUUGGGUUCGGAUAUUGAAAGGGCGGUCAUGGCAGAUCCUUCUACUCUCAGAGAAAGCUUGGGAUCCAUCGAAUUGAAUUCUUCUAGAAAUUCCUCGAUGGUAACAGCCAGUGGAGUUGCUACCCAAAGACAAGCUCAACCAGACAGCAGUCAAUCGCAGACUACUGUUGCCACAGCAUCUAAUAGUGCAACCAGAACUGCUGGAGAAGAUUAUUAUCGAAAUUAUAGAUUGCCAGAGUUUGACUAUUUCAAUGUCAGCGUCAAGUUCCUUUCAAAUCUCGUGGUACACAAAGAAGUCACCGAGAGGGGUGGAUGCUUGCUUCAUUACCAUCUGUCUGAUAAGCCUCCUAUUCCUCUACCAGACGAGACAGAUCGAGUACUCAUUCCAACCAAGAUUCAACAAGAAGAUGGUUCCUUGAAAGACUUCCCUUGGACCAACGAGAAACAGAGACGAUUCACGGUGGAUAAGAUUUUACAGAACUUCUAUAGAGGCCUUCGGUUGUACUCAAGGGAAGGAAACAUAUACGCAAUAAGAAAAUCAAAUACCAAGCUCUUUUGGCUUGGUACUGAGAGUAAGAUAAAUGGUAGCGCGGAAGAGCUGAUGCGAAAUCAAGAGACCGAGAUCUUCAACUGGGAGCGCUUCGAGGAAAAGAUCAAACUCAAGUUUGCGUCAGGUAAACAGACAGAAUUGGAACUGCCCGCAGUUUGGAUCAGCUUCGCCCAGAAGUGGGACAAACCAUCCUCGCCCAUCACAACUAAAUUAGUGUGGGCUCGGAUUGAUCCCACACGAGCUUGUGAGAUGGUGAAAACCCUCAACCCUAAAGUAAGGUCGACUGAGAUCAUGGAAUCAUUACAUUCAAGCCUCCUUGCCAUUUCCAUGGAACCUAGUCAGAGUGCUUAAGACUGACCAUCUUGAAUAUAUUAAUGUGGAUUUUGUUUAAUAAUGGACCUAUAAAUUGUAAAUAUAAAUACAUGUCAUCGAAUUUCCAUAAUUAUUCUUUUUUUCAUUGAUUCUGCGAAGCAUGAAAUAAGAGAUAAAGUGGUAUCUGUGAUCGAAAGCUGCAUAUUUUUGAAAGAGCCGAUUUCUGGAGUUGGAAAAUUAAAGAAAUAAUAUCAUACAAUAUUAGCAUUUUGUCAGUUUGAGAAACACUGAAAUUGUCAGCUGAAAACAAUUUACUAUCCAGGGAUCAAUCUACGGAAUAAGAAAGCAAUAUUCAGAUACAGAGUAAAGUGGUAUACUCCAUAACAUAUGAAUUUAUUCACUCAAUCAGGCCAAUGUGAUAAAAUUUAGAGAAACAUCCUUUUCAUGCGAUGGGUGAUAUAAAGCACUAUCCAAUGACCCAUGCUAAUCACCAUCUGCAAACUCCCACAUCAAGUCACCAUGUAAUAUUUAAGAAGGUUGGAAAUAAAAUGAUUUCAUUCACACCAAAUCUCUCGUUUUGACUAUGUUCUAAGAUAAUAAUGAUGAUAAUAAUAAUAAUCCUGGCAUUGUCAUAAGGAUCUGAUAAAUCAGUGUUUAUGUUCAGGACUUAGCAAUUACACGUACAAGGAGAAGAACUAUGAUGGGGCUGUGAUGUUGGUUUCAUAAUUAAUGAAUGUUAAAUGUUCCCUUCUACCGUUGCUAUCAAAGGUUAUGUCUAGCCCAACAAAAGUUAAUUUGAAAGAAAAGGGUAAGCUCAAAUGACCAUAAUACUGAAAAUUUCAUCAAAAUCUUAUGUAGAAUAAAAUUUGUUGAAUAGUUUAACAUUUUACUUAUUUUCACACAAAACCCGGUUAUACUUAACACAUGCGAUAUGCUGAUGAGAGAGUUGACGAUGUGGCACACUGUUUAUUUUAUAUGUUAUUGUAUGAAGACUAUUUCAAUUUUUGCAGAUUUAACAAUAUGGGAGCUCUUCCUUGAAUCACAAAACGUUGCAUCAAUGGCAUUGCCACAAGUUCAAGCAGGAGAUAAAAGCUAUUUAAAAUUAUAACAAGGAAAUUUUCACGAAAACAUACAUAAUGCUUCCAACCACCUGCGGUUGACAGAGACAUAAAAAAAUAACAAAUUAAAAUAAAACCCGAAAGAAAUAACGAUUGGGUGACGUCAUCUGUUCUUUUAGCCAGAAAUUGUCCACAUGAUGUGCUUUUUACUCUUAAAGCCAAAUUCUAAAAUUUCAUAAAUUCCUCAUUGUACAUUCGAUUUUGAUGAAAUUUUCAUGUUUAUUUUUGCUCUAUUUUCCUUCUUGUAGGGGUAGAUCUGACCUUAAAUGCAUCGAUAAAAUAUACAUACGUUUCCAAAAUUUUUGUAAAUCGCAGCUCAAAUUUGUGCAUGAUGGUAUAGCGUAUUACGAUAGAGUUUCAUUCUAAUGUAUAUCCCAGAUAUAAUGGUUCAUGUAACUCUUGGCGAAUCAAUUACAAAUAUUAUUGACUUCGUCUAUUCCAAAAUUGGUCAUAGGAUCUGGAUGCUAGUUUCUCUUUUAUGUACAAAAGAAAAUUAUUCCUAAUUAUUAAGUAAAAAUAGCUUAUAAUUUGAAGAAAAAAAAACAAUGAAUCAGAAUUGUGAUGAAAAUGAACAGGAAAUCAGAUUUCCAACCAUGGAUGUACUGUUUGUUUUUACAUAUUCACAGUGUCAUACAGUGUUAUAGACUAAAAAUAUGGGGAUAUGUGCAGUUGUCAUUUCGGUCAGUUAAAUGAAAUUGUGAGAAAUUAUAAGACAGGCUAGCUAAAGAAUGCAUAUGGAAUUUUUCUUUCAAUAUACGCUCGAGAACCCUGCUUACUCACAUUUCAACUUGUUUACAUGUCCCCGAUAUUAAAGCUUGGUUGACGUGUGUAUUUGGUAUUUUUUAAACAGAAGUUUUAAAAAUCAAACACCAGCGAUCCGUUUCUAAUAUUUUUUAGCUGCAAUUUUGAAGAUUAUUGAUCGAUUUUCCCAUCAUUCAUUUGUUGAACUUCCUUUAAACUCGUAAAGGUCAAGUCCAUACCAGAAGAAAUGUUGAUUUGGAU